AAAGAAUUAUUAUUAUCAAAUGAGUGCCAAUUUGUUCAUGCAAAUUGUUGUCUGUCACAUAUUUAAUUCUUUGUGUCUGUAUCGGUAUCUGCAUCUGUAUCUCUAUCUCAGUCUCAGUAUCUCAGCCUUACAAAAACCUAACCUGUUUUACCGACGGCUAAAUACAAUUUUAUUUUGGCUAAACUCGUGCGUUUCUGCAAAUUACAGACAUAUAAUUACAAUAAAACAAAAAUCGUACUCCACUCGAAAAAUGUACUUUCAUUUUGAAUACGAGUACACGUUAUCAGGAUCGGCGUAAGCGAUUCAACAAAUCCAAUCCAAAUCCUGUGUAUACGAUUGGGGCGACAUGGAUGGCAAAUCAAUCUUGCAGGAUAUACAAAUGAGGUUAUACCAUGUGAUGUAUUAUGCAUUUAGCAUAAGCAAGAAGGCGAUAUUUAAAUAAUUUAGGUAACGCUCAUCUAGUGCUAAUAUCCGGAAGAAUUGAACCAUGCCGCAUACACACACGCGUCAUGGGUCAUCUGGAGAUGAUUUAGGCAGCACGGACGAAGUCAAGAUAUUUAAGGAUGAAGGCGAUCGUGAAGACGAGAAAAUAUCAUCCGAGAACCUUUUAGUCGAAGAAAAAUCAAGUUUAAUUGAUUUAACCGAGAGCGAGGAAAAGGGCAGCAAGACAGUGUCUAGGCCUGACCACAGUCCCGUUUUUAAUAAGCUUGAGCCCCACACCCACACCUUCAACAUGGGAUACUUAGUAUCACCGUACUCAUAUGCUAAUGGAGCACCCGGUGGACUGCCCGUAACUAUGGCUAAUAAAAUAGGGUUACCACCUUUCUUCUGUCAUAACGGCGACCCACUGACGACACCGCCGCCUGCACAUUGCGGAAUUCCCCCAUAUCAGCUGGAUCCAAAAGCAAUAGGUCUUACUCGUCCUGCAUUAUAUCCAUUUACUGCCAGCCAGUAUCCUUAUCCAAUGCUAAGUCCCGACAUGUCUCAAGUUGCGUCAUGGCACACGCCGUCGGUGUACUCAGCGUCUAGUUUUAGAUCCCCUUAUCCCUCCUCAUUACCAAUUAAUACAACGCUAUCUAGCGAUUUUCCAUUUCGAUUCUCACCGAGUCUAUUGCCUUCUGUUCAUGCGACACCUCAUCACGUUUUAAAUUCACAUCCAGCGAUUGUGACAUCCAGUUCCAAACAGGAAUGCGGCAUACAAGAUACCACAACGAACAAUCGAUAUUCAAGAAAUUUGGAUAUUAAAAGCUCAUCGAAUACGCAAGCAAAUGACUGUAAAGAUAGUUCGAAUGAUAAGAAGAAACCACAUAUCAAAAAACCUCUAAAUGCAUUUAUGCUCUACAUGAAAGAGAUGCGUGCCAAAGUUGUUGCCGAAUGUACACUCAAAGAGUCAGCGGCGAUAAAUCAGAUUUUAGGACGACGGUGGCACGAACUUUCCCGCGAAGAACAAAGCAAAUAUUACGAAAAAGCGCGGCAAGAGCGUCAAUUGCAUAUGGAGUUGUAUCCGGGGUGGAGCGCACGAGAUAAUUACGGUUACGUGUCGAAAAAGAAAAAGCGUAAAAAAGACAGAUCGACUGCGGAUUCGGGAGGCAACAAUAUGAAAAAGUGUCGAGCUCGCUUUGGUCUGGAUCAGCAGAAUCAAUGGUGUAAACCCUGCAGACGUAAAAAGAAAUGCAUCCGAUACAUGGAGGCAUUGAACGGAGGCAGCGGGAACGGGAUGCAGGAGGACAUGGAUAUGGAUGAUACGGGCAAUUUGAGUCAGCUGAGCGAUGACGACGAUGAUGAUGAUGAUCUGGGUGACAUGGCUGCCAGCUGUGGCAGUGGCGAUGAGACCGAGCGAGAGCGAGACAGAGAGAGAGUUACACACAAAAUGGCCGACAACGAGGACAACGAAUCCAUGAGCCAGUCAUUGUCCAGCCCAGGCUGCCUCAGCGGACUGUCUAGUCUUCAGAGUCCCUCGACCACCACGAGUCUGGCCAGUCCCCUUAAUAUAAACAUGUUAACUAGUCCAGCGACACCAGCGACCGCGUUGCCAACUGCAACCGCUAAUAUGCUCUCGCUCUCCGUCUCUGCCGAGCAGCCGAUCUCCAGAGCAGGAUCGGGAUCGGGUUCGGGUUCGGGCUCGAGCAGUGGUUCGACUUGUAGCAUAAUUAAUACGCCAAAUACCUCAAGCACAGCAUCGCCAGCAUCGGCGUCAACGACGGGCAGCGGGAUCGGGAUCGGAAUCGGUUUAGGGACCGCAAAUGAGCGGGCAAUGAUGCUUGGCACUCGUUUCAGUUAUUUGGGCAUGGGAUUAAUUAACAAUCCAGAGCAAGUGUUUCAACAUCUCAACAGUGUAACGGACACGAUCACAAACACGAGCACGAGCAACUCGUCUACGAAUGGAUUUAGUAGCAGCACUUACAGCGGGUCUGUUAAUGCAGCAGUGAGCAAGGUUGUGACUUCACCAACACCAACAACUACACCAACGACAGCAUCCAAAACCACAACAACAACAACACCCUUACCUGCUAGCACCUUACACCGUAAUCCAAUUGGCGCCAAUCCUAGAGACAUUAAUAAUCCUUUGAGCAUCAAUCAGUUGACGAAGCGAAGGGAGGAUCACAUAUCGUUACUUGAUGCGAAUCCGUAUGUACAUCCACAUGCACAUCCGCAUCCACAUCCGACGCAUCCACAUCCGCAUCCACAUCCACAUCACUCGCUCUUUAGCAGCAGCAGCUUCAGUCAACACUUCCAGCAACAGUUGAGUAAUCACAGCAUCGCACUCGGCAUGGGAAUGGGCAUGGGAAUGGGAAUGGGCAUUGAGUCGGCCGUCAGUCAUCCGACAAUGGAUACGCCCAGCUUAAAGCGUCGCAAUACAUCCGAUCCACCAACUGGAGCAGCUGGUAAUGCCGCUUCCACAACUAAUGCCUCGGAAACUGGAGCAAUUAGUGUCUCAUAGCAGUUUCGUAUCUCUUACGACCUCUCAACAUCCAUCUUACACUCUAUGAUCGGUGAGUCAGUCAGUCAGGACAAAGAGUUUUUUAUAGGAGCAGGGAUCGCAAAUACAAAUAUCAAUCAGAGUUUUGAGUUUUCACAAAUUCUCAGAUAUACUAUUUAUUGAUAGCAUAUCUCUUCUUUUUUAUAUUUAAAAACCGAUCGAUCCCUGCAUAUGAGAAUUCCCAAAAACAAAAUACAAAUACAAUAAUCAAGAAAGAAUAAACGUGCAAUUCCCCGAUGAUUUCGCCUGCUAUCUAAUGAUAAUGUCAUUAUUGUAACAUUGUAACAUGUGGCCAUUAAUGGAUAAGUGCCAAAAAGUACUCUCUUUAUAUGUAUCAAUGUAUGUACCAAUCACAACCAUAACAACAACAUUAUUAUCGUAUAAUCCUUGAGAGCUAUUCAAAUGUCGAGUGUGCUCUAGUCUCACAAAACUAGAAUUACCUAUAUGUAAAUGAAAAUGAUAAC